UCAAGUUUUGAAAUAUGACUAGGAGCCGCCGGCGUGUCGCCAUUAGUCGCUCCUCUCCGGGCUCACUCGCAGUUCAGACGCCAACCCGGCUAGUACCGCGGGAAAAGGUGAAAUGGCUUUCUACUCUAAUAAUAGCUUAUUUCCAAAUCAACCACCUAUACCCAAUGGCAUCGCGGCGCAAAUGGACGAAAAGUCGAAGAACAAAAUCAUAUUCCUGGACGUUACACCCAAUCGUACUCCGAGAUUACCGACGCCUAAUAAUGCCAUAGCCCCUAUACAAGAUAACUUGAUCAAUCCCGACAUCACCAGAGACAUCAUUUAUGAAAACAUCAAGCCGGUGUUUGCUCUCCUGAAGAUCAUGGGCGUUCUUCCAUUAACCAGGCCAGUUCCGGGAGUGACCCAGUUUCAACCUGCCUCUCCCUCAAUGCUUUACUCUGUCGUUCUCUACUGUUCUCUUAUCGCAUACCUUUUGUAUCUUUCCCUAAAUAAAGUCCAAAUAGUGAGAACCGGUGCGCAAGAAGGUAAAUUUGAGGAGGCUGUGAUUGAGUACCUAUUUACAGUGUACUUGUUUCCGAUGAUUGCAGUCCCUUUAUUGUGGUAUGAAACGAGAAAGAUUGCCGAAGUUCUCAACGGAUGGGUUGAAUAUGAGAUUGCUUACAAAAAACUAUCAAACCGAGUCCUUCCUGUAGGGCUAUAUAAAAAAGCUCUUGCCAUGUCUAUAGUCAUCCCAGCGCUUUCAACAGCAUCAGUGAUCAUCACACAUGUCACCAUGGUCCACUUCAAAUUAUUACAAAUUAUUCCAUACGUAUUUCUGGAAAUAUUGACUUACAUGUUGGGCGGCUACUGGUACCUUCUUUGUGAAACACUCAGCAUUUGUGCGCACAUCUUGGCAGAAGACUUCCAACAGGCUCUUCGUAACAUUGGGCCAGCCGGGAAGGUCGCGGAAUACCGCGCGCUCUGGUUGCGCCUCAGUAAACUGGCUCGAGACACCGGGAUCGCGAAUUGCUAUACCUUCACUUUCAUGAGUCUCUACUUGUUCCUUAUCAUCACACUUUCGAUCUACGGUCUACUCAGCAAAAUCUCCGAGGGUUUCGGAGUCAAAGACAUCGGUUUAGCUUUAACUGCUUUUUGCAGUAUUAUGCUACUAUUCUUUAUUUGUGACGAGGCGCACUAUGCUUCUCAUAACGUACGCCUGAACUUCCAAAAGAAGCUUCUAAUGAUUGAGCUGUCGUGGAUGAACGCGGACGCACUGACCGAGGUGAACAUGUUCCUUCGAGCCACUGAAAUGAACCCCUCCCAAAUCAGCUUGGGAGGCUUUUUCGACGUCAACAGGACGCUAUUCAAGUCGCUACUAGCUACGAUGGUGACUUACCUAGUUGUACUCCUGCAGUUCCAAAUCAGUAUACCCGACGAUUCGCGUGUCCAGGACCCGGAUGACGAUGAUGAUUUCAUGAAUGCGACCGCCUCGGUCACCGAGGCUCCCACCACUUUGACCACCAUCACCACCCUGCUCACCACGUUAGCAAAGAAGAAAAGGAAACAUUAAAUAUAUAUCAAUCUUCGUAAGACUAGGACCAAUGAUUUACUUA